AUGAGGAAAAGGUGCUUUGGUUCGCUAUACCAUUUCUUCCGCGAACCUCAGGGUUUUCCGGCUCACGGGCUGAGUCUUCUCUGCUCAUGCACAUGCACUGCAGAAACACAUCCGGUAUGCCUGUGCAGUCACUUGCAGGGCCACCGUAUCUGGCUGCAGCUCCUGUGCGUCACUCUCGCGUGCACAAGGUGUAGCUCUGCCUCCUUUUCUGCUAGCUGCGACGCCAUCCAAAUCGGCCUACCACUGCCACGGGCAGAAUGCUUCUGCUCCAUACUUGCGGAUGCGCUAGUCCAAUUCAGUCCGGACCUCCGCCUUCGUUUAGCCGUGCCACACUCGCCCCUUCCGCCUCCGCGAGAACUGAAGCCCGCUCACACCGGGGCUAUCUCCACAUCUUCCGCGAGCAGUUCGCAGUGCCGCUUGAUCUCAUUCGCUGCUUUCCCUUUAACGGCCUCCGACGUCUUCCACGCGCGACUCUACUGCUCCCUGGGCGGCCCGCAGCCGUCGCAUUGCAACUCCUCUCGCAUCGCGCGCGACCUCCCUGCACAUCGCCGCUCUGCACGCUGUGCAGCUGCUCCUCCGCUUCCUGCUGCCGAACCCGUGUUCGCCCGGCCUUGUCGCGUCACUCCCGCGCUCGCACACGCGUAUUCACGCCACCUGGGCCUACUCCUGCCCCGGCCAAGCCACCCGCGCGCGCGCGCCAACCGCGCCUCCAGCGCCCUCCGCGCGCGCUCCGCUCAACACCUGUCCAUACCGCCAACUUCCGUACGCCAUCGCGUGCACGCUCGCGCCACCCACUCGACGUCGCUCACGUUUCUGCCGCUCCAGCUCCCGUACUUGUUCGAUGCCAAUUCGCUUGUGUCGCGCCGCAUCAGCUCAUGCUGGAGCCGUUCGCGCCAACACAGCUGCGGUCGUCGUGCGCUCUGCUCCCGCGCACCCAUUCCUCCUGUGCCGCCCAGCUCCUGCUCUCUCUGCUCCGCACGCCGCCAUGCGCUUGCUCGGGCCGCCUACUCCCGCGCGCUGCGCUGCAGCAAUCAGACCGUUUUGAGUUUUUGGCGCCAAAUAGCGGAGACCUUCAACUCUACCGUGGAGCCAUCCCGUCGUCGCACCGCGAAGCAGCUGAAAGAUUAUUGGAACGUGUACAACCGCGAGGUGAUCGUGUUUAAUGGAUACUACAUCCAAGAAGAAAGAGUACGUCAGAGUGGAGCAGACGAUGCAAUGGUCAUGGAGGGGGCAAUGGCGAGGUACGAGAACGACUCGAAAGUGAUGACAGCAUUCAAACGCCAUCAUUGGUGGAGAGCUGUUCGCCACGAACCCAAGUGGGCAGCGAAAUAUGGUCCUAGCAGUGGAUCCGAUGUGAGUAGCAAGAGAACCCGCCUCGACGUUUCGGGUGAGUACAGCUCCGGCGGAACAGAAGACACCGAGGAGGACAAUGAGACUCGUCCAAUAGGCCGUGAUAGGGCCAAGACGGCUAAGCAGAAGGAGAAGGCUAAGGGGAAGGAGAAGGGGAAGGAAUCCUCGUCAAGCAGUGCGGUAGCAAGUAAAGCAUUUGCAAUGAAGAAUAUUUGGGGUGGCUUAGUGAAGGCUAAACUAUUUAAGCAAUGGAACAUAAUGAAGUUCCGAUCAACCGCGGAUAUGGACGAAGCAGAAAAACGUACUGAUUUCAAGGCCGUCAAAAUGGUGGAAAAAGAGGUUGGACUAGACGAGGAUUCGGAGGAGGAUUAG